UUGAAACACAAAUGCGCCCGUCUUUCCACGUUGCUUUAUUGCUGCACGGACUUAUAGCAUUACUUAUGAUAAUAAUCUCGCGGCAUACGGAACGUUCCACCUGGGCUCCGAAUAAACCGCUACGGACAGUUGCUCUUUUUACACCGUGCCCUUGCUUUAUUCGCGCGAUCCAAUUAUCCCGCCUUCGCGCUUUGACCUUUCCCCGCUUCGCUGCGUCGAUCGAAAAAAAUAUCCGUCGAAUGCUUUUUCAAGAACCGCCUUUGCCGAUGGAAUCGGGACGAUUCUCCGAUCGCCGAAUAGGGAUUCGGUUUCGAGACGAUGCGCGGAGGACCGGACAGUUGCAGUCGCAUCGGCAGCAGCGGUGACUGGGAGAAGGCAGUCGGUGGCAGUUUUAGACGCGACACCCUGUGCACCGGGGGCUUGGGCCAACGCUAGGAAACGUUGUUCCACGUUCCAGUGUCUAGGCAGAGUCUAGAGGUGGGCGAGGAAACGAGGGAGGCAGAGCAAAAUGUGCGACAAGCGUCUCUGUGCUUGCGAGAAGAAGAAGAAGAAGAAGAAGGAGGAAGAGGAGGAGGAGGAGGAGGAGAAGAAAGCGGCGGCUCGUCCCGACUUCAUGAACGAAGCCGACGAGAGAGUGCAGGCACUCGAGACCGCCUACGCGGAGUUCGCGGGGAUCGAUAGCGAGUCUCUGUUGAAGAAACACUUAACCCGGGCAAUCUUCGAUAAACUGAAGGUACGGAUGACCGGCAACGGAUCCACCUUGAUGGACGUGAUUCGAUCGGGCUUGAAGAACCCCGACUCGAACGUCGGUCUCUACGCGCCCGAUCAGCCGGCCUACGACGUUUUCGACGCUCUUUUCGAUCCGGUGAUCGAGGAUUACCAUGACGGGUUCGCGGCCGAGGACCUGCACCCACGGCUCGACUGGGGAUCGGCCGAGGAACUGGGCGAUCUCGAUCCCGAAGGGAAGUACGUGAUCUCGACGAGGAUUCGGUGCGCGCGAUCGGUUAACGGCUAUCCGUUCAAUCCGACCAUGACGCUCUCCGAUUAUCAACGGUUGGAGAAAAAGGUGCAGGAGGCCCUGUCGACGUUGGAAGGCGAGCUGAAAGGAGCUUAUUACACGCUCGGGGCGAUGGACAAAGAGACGCAGCAGCAGCUGAUAGACGAUCAUUUUCUGUUCAAGGAGGGCGAUCGGUUUUUGGAGGCUGCCAACUCCAACAGAUUCUGGCCAACCGGCAGAGGAAUAUAUUUUAACGAAGCGAAAAGUUUUCUCGUCUGGUGCAACGAGGAGGAUCACAUGCGUCUGAUAUCGAUGGAAAAGGGUGGAAACCUGUCGUCCGUGUACGCCAGGCUUGUUAAAGCAGUUACCGAAGUUGGAAAGAAACUGAAAUUCUCGCGGCACCGGAGACUCGGCUACCUCACCUUCUGCCCGACCAACUUGGGAACCACCAUCAGAGCCUCGGUUCACGCCAGGCUGCCGAAAUUGAGCGCGGAUUAUCCGAAAUUCGAAGAAAUCGCGAGCAUGUACCACCUGCAAAUACGCGGCACCGGAGGCGAGCACACCGAGAGCGAAGGCGGAGUUUACGAUAUCGGUAACAAACGACGGCUGGGCUUGACCGAACGAGAGGUGGUUUACCAGAUGAAGACCGGCGUGCUCGAGCUGAUCAAACAGGAGAAGUUUCUCGAGGAGAAAGACUCGUAACGUUAUCGGCCGACGUUGGUCUCGGUAACGUUUCCCCGAUUUUUGUAACAUUCGCGCGAGGCGCGAUCGAUCGAAAAAUUGGAUGAAAUUCGUCGCGAUAAUUGAAACGUUUGGCACGCGCCCUCCCGGUCUCGAGCCGGAGGAACCGUAAUUUAGACUUCGAUCGCGGAAUAGAACAUUUUCGAGCCGAACGCGCGUUAGAAACGCGUUUAAUUUGUAAUCCGUGUAAAAUAUUGGAAUAAACGCUGCCAGAGAAUAACCUCGAA